GGCGGAUUUCAGUCACUAGUCUAUUUAUUAAAGUUGUGAAAACUCAACUAAUUGAGUUGUCUUCAGUUCAUGAACUUGGUUCGCGUCUAAUCGCUUGCACUCGGUUCGGGGUGUCGGGAGAGAACUAGGAUGUCUGCGGUGAAAGCGCUGCAACAGUGGUGUAAGAUCCAGGUCCAGGGCUACAGAGAUGUCACUAUCACCAAUAUGACAACUUCUUUCAGGGACGGGAUGGCUUUCUGCGCCCUCAUUCACCGAAACAGACCCGACCUCAUUGACUUUGAUUCCCUGAUGAAGGAGAAUGUUUAUGACAACAACCACCUGGCGUUCCGGGUAGCGGAGGAUGAGUUGGGGAUCCCAGCUCUGUUAGAUGCUGAGGACAUGGUGGCCCUAAAGAUACCAGACAGGCUCAGUAUACUGACAUACGUCUCUCAAUACUACAACUACUUCCAUGGAAAAUCACCUAUUGGCGGCAUGGCGGGGAUAAAGCGUCCAGCGGAGGCGUCCACAGAACAGGGGCCUUCUGGGAAAAAGAACCAAGCAGUUGUCUCGAAGGUCUUCCCCGCCUCUAACCCCUCUAAAUCCACUACUGAGAACCGCCCUCCUCCCUCCUCCUCACCCAAAGCCUCACCCAGACCAGACAGGCCAGCACAGAAGGAUGUGUUGUCGGAGCGCUCCAAUAAGACAGGGACUCUGAGCAGUAAGUGUUCCGUGUGUAAUAAACAUGUUCACCUGGUCCAGAGACACCUAGUGGAUGGGAGGCUGUAUCACAGGAACUGUGCCAAGUGUAGUGAGUGUUCCACCACCCUGCUGUCUGGUAACUGUAAACCUGGAGCAACACCUGGCUCCUUCAUCUGUACCUCCCACCACCACCCCGAGGGGACGCCGCCAUCACACCCCCCCCUCCGAGACCUGCCCAAAUAUACCCCUCACCCCCCUCCCACUGUCAAGACCACCCCUCUCUCAGACCUCUCCAGGAAUAUCCCCGGCCCCAAAUACACAGCUCCCCCUAAAUCCACCCCUGCUCCGACACCCACCAAUACCCCCUCCAAAUUGGGCCCUAGCUGGCUGAGCUCCAAAUCAGACGGAUCCAAAACCACCAGCCCCUCUGCCGCCUCCUCGCGGCCCAGCCCGGGGCUCUCCACCUCGCGGCCCAGCCCGGGGCUCUCCUCCUCGCGGCCCAGCCCGGGGCUUUCCUCCCUGGGCAUAGUGAGCCCUGCAGCCUCUGGACCCACCGCAGCUCCGCGGAGCUUCAACACUACAGCUGCCACCACCACUCCCACAGCAUCCAAGACCCAGCAGGCCCGGCUCCAGUUCUUCCAGCCUGGGAACAACACCACCAUUGGGCAGGAGAACCAGGGCAAGACCCAGACUUGGGGACAGGCACAGGGUCUACCCACAAAUAGAGUCCCGAACGCGGGCACGCAGGGGACAGUAGUGGGUGUUGGUCAGGGCGUGAGUGUGGUAGUGAGUUUGGGUGGCGGUGGGAUAGGGGGUAAGGGAGGGGAUCGGGGUGUGAAUGUGGUUGUAGGUGGGGGUACAGGUGGAGACAGGGAUGUGGUUCAGGGUAAAGGUAGAGUUGUCUUCAAGAUGGAUGAUGAUGUGAAAGCUUCUCCAUCUAAAGAAGACCAUAGUACCAAGACCCGGGCUGCUGCUGUCAUCACUAAGAAACUAACAAACAACAACAACAACAAUACUACUACUACUACUACAACAGCUGGUGCUUCGAGUCCUCCCUGGCACCCUAUAGAACUGAAGAAGACUGAGAACAGAUCUCCCUCUCUCAGACCUGCCCCUGCUGAAACACCUAAGAAAGAGACUCCUAAAAAGGAGGCGGGGGGCAGAGUUAAGCUAAAAGCAGACCCUUCUCUCCUCACCUCCAACACCUCCAGCCCCACCCCGACCCCCAACACCCCCACCCCCACCCCCACCCCGACCCCAGCCAGCAGAACAGGCCUGUGGAACAAAACCCUAGAUAUGGCACCCAGAGCUACUCCUCCCAACAACUCUCUGGCAGCAGCAGACAACAGCAGCUCUCCUGCUGACUGGAGGUCCAGCCUCAAACCUGCCUCCAAGCCUGCAGGUCCUAAAGAAUCCUCUCCCCUCCACACUGACAUUAAGAAGGCUGAAACCCCCUCUCGGCCCUGGGCAGGUGGAUCAGGAAACCCCCAGGCUUCAGGCCCUACUGGGUCUACUCUGGCCCCCUCCAUCCCUCCACAAGCCUCCUCACCCAGCCCGCUGAACACCGGCCCUGGGACAUGGGGCUUUCUGACUGGAAAGAGCUCAACGACAGCUAACGGCACCAAGACUGACACCAAGACACCUAAACCAGGUAAACCGGACUACAUCCCGAAGGAAGAGAUCCUGAGAGAGCUUCAGGAGAUAGAGGACAGUGUUAAUGAGCUGGAGAGGAAAGGAGUGGACCUGGAGAAACAACUACGGGCCUGUGAAGAGGAGGGAGAAGAGGACGUGGUGAUGGAUGACCUGAUGGUGGAAUGGUUCAACCUCAUCAGAAACAAACAGGUGUCCAUGAGGAGAGAGUCUGAACUGGUCUAUAUAGCGAAGACACAGGACUUAGAGGAACAGCAGCCCAGUGUAGAGCAGGAGCUGAGGAGACUCAUGGACAAACCUGAGCGGCUGAAGACGUUGUGGGAUCGUCGUAGAGAAGAGGAGUUGAUGGCCAAGCUAGUGGAGAUCGUCAAUGACAGGAACGCCAUCAUAGACGGACUGGACGAUGACAGACUCAGGGAGGAUGAGGAAGAUGAGCAGCUCAAUAAGAUGAUGAAGACUCUAGACACAAAGAAAGAGAAGAAGAAGAAGUCUGGCUUCAAGUUGUUUGGUUGGAACAAGAAGGAGGGAUGAUUCCAUGGGGACGGACUCUGGGACACACUGUUACACUGCUUUAGAUGUGGUUAUUACGGUUUGAUAGUUGAUGUAUUGAAGUCUGUUAACUCCCUGAUUCAUUAUUACUGUUGGUUAUAGUUGAUGUAUUGAAGUCUGUUAACUCUCUGAUUCAUGUGUCUAUAAUACACUCCUGACUUGUGACCCAUCAUUCUCAUCCAUGUACCCACACUGUCCUCCCGGUGUCAAGCUGACACGCAUUACAACACUACACACAGCACAUCCACACUGUGUCUGUCUGUCUAAUGUGUGUGUGUAUGUGUGCUCGUGUAUGUGUGUGUGCGCUUGUGGUUAGUUAAUCUGUAGGAUGGGGAUUAUGUAGGGUUUAGAAGAUAUCAAAGGAACUAUGGCCUCACUGUCUAAUAAUGACUCACUGCUAAUGGCUUACAUCACUCACUCAACCGUGUGUGUGUGUGCCCUCGCCCAUGUCUACAAGCUACAGAGAGAAAUAGUGUUUUGUUGAAGAGGGGUCAGCCAACUCUCUUCUUAUGACAUAGUAAUCAUCAUGUUUCUCUAUAGCUUCAUCUAUCCAUGUGAUGGUUUAUGUUAUCUUCUGACUCCAGAUCAGAUGUUAGCUCUGUAAGCGCCCCCUAGUUCAUGUUUUAUAAUGUUAUGUCCUGACUCCAGAUCAGUGAUGAGUGUCUUAUGAGCUUUUAUUAAGCAGCGUUUUGCAUUGAUCAAAGUUAAUGUGUAUAAAUGCUGACCCUUCA